AUGAUGUCCAGGACCAGCUCCUCUGAACCCGUGAAGUGCCUCAAUGGAGGGACAUGGAACGGGAAGGCCUGUGAAUGCCCACCUGGCUUUGGGGGAGAUAAGUGCCAGUCUGGCAAAGUGAUCUGCCAGAAUGGAGGCUCCUGGGAUGGGAACAAAUGUCUGUGCACCAGCCUCUACGAGGGGCCGAGGUGUGAGGACGUGGUCUCGAGCAUUGAGAUAGAGGCUCCUCCUGAGACUGUCUCUGCCCAGAUGCAACUGAGUGUAACAGUGACCAGUGAGGAGUUCACCAAAGAGCUGCUGAACCGGUCUUCUUCGCAGUUCAAGAAUUUUGAGACGUCAUUCAAAACGCAGAUGGACAUAGUUUAUGCCGGGAUCCCUGAAUAUGCAGGGAUUAACAUCACAGAAUUGACUUCUGGCAGUGUGGUGGUGAAGCAUGAUGUCCUCCUGAAGGCCAAGUUCACCCCAGAAUACAAGGAAGUUUUUAAGAAUGUCACCAAGAAGAUGGAGCAAAAAAUCAUGAAUGUAACCCAACAGCAAGUAAUGAAGGAUGAAAAGUGCACAAGCUUACUGUGCUUCAACAGUACUGCCACCAAGGUGCAAAAUGUUUCCAUUAUAUACAACCCUGAAGAGGAAUGCCGGAAGAAAGCUGGGAAAGACUUCGCUGACUACUUCUUUGUGGAGUACAAGGACCAGAUGCCAAAAUGCAUCAACCGCUGUACACCUGGCUACAGCACGUCCAUGAACUGCCACUUUGGGAAGUGCAUGCUCGAGCGCAGUGGCCCUCGUUGCUACUGCCUGAACACAGACACUCACUGGUACAGGGGGGAAACCUGUGAGUUUAGCACCAGGAAGAGCAUGGUGUACGGGCUCCUGGGAACAGCGGGCGCAGUGAUGCUGAUUGCCCUGGUCGUCGUCCUGGUGUUCGCACUGCGCUCCAGGAGAGAGGUGAAAAGGCAGAAGUCCAAAGUGACUGAGUUGUACAAGUGGCAUGGGGAGGAUGGCGAACAAGCCCCUGGGACCUUCCAAAACAUUGGCUUUGACACCUCUGAAGAACAAGAGAACUCCAUCGACCUGGACUCCAUCUAUAGUAACUUCCAGCCCACCUUGGGCCACAUAGACUCUAACACAAAGAUCAAAAUUCAGAGGCCUCAGGUGAUGAUAACAUCACUUUAA